AUGGGCAGCGCCUUUGAUUCCGUCGGAACCCUGCUGGCCGACAUGGCCAACCUGCUCGGCGAGGGCCUGCGCAUACUCGGCCACUCGGACAAACGCCACUGGGGCCAGGACGAGCACGAACAGGUUCACGCUCUCGAGCAAGCCCUCGACGAGGCCAAGAAGGACUAUCAAGAGCUCUGCCCACUGGUCAACGGGCAGGCUCAGUACCGACACGAUCGAAAUCAUGAAACCGUCGGGGAGCUGAGGGCCCUCCGCACCGAAUUCCAAGCCCACAUGCAGCUUCUCAGGGACUGGAGCCAGUCCGGCGGCCCCAUCAACCCCAUCUGGGUGCGGGAAACCCACUCGCUCCAGCGAGAGCUGCACCGCGCGCAACGCCGAGCCGCCCGGCGCAUCUACUCGUCGUCGCAGGAGUCGUCGCAGCGGUGCCUGGGGGCCUUCCUCGUGCGCCGCGCGCAACGCAACCUCGCGGCCCGGCCGGCGGACGCCCUCUCGCCCCGGGACUGCGCGAAGCGGCAGCUCGAGGAGCUGGCGGCCUGCAGCCAAGUCGGCUCGUUCGACCGCUUCGGCGAGGACGACGUGGCGUUUGUGUGCGACUUUUGCGACGGCCACAUGGUCUGGGCGGACCUGGAGACGGUGCCGGCGGAGCGCACGCGCCCGUACGUGCCGGCGCCGAGGGCCAACGACCCGCACUGGCGGGCCGCGGGGCGGGCGUCGUCGACGGCCAAGGACAAGCACGUCGUGUUUGCGCCCCUCGUCGUCGCCAGCCACAUGGAGCCGCUGCGGGGGGACUGGCAGGCCAGGCUGCUGUGUCCCUUUUGCGACGAGGACGCGCAGCGGCCGCGGGACCACGACGACGAGGACGACUUGCGCAAGCCGCAGGGCGAGUUUGACGACGUGGCGGCUCUGCAGGAGCAUCUGGAAUGGCAGCACGCGGCGGGCGGUCUGUCCGCCAUUGCGGGCGCCUCGACGGCCUUGCCGUCCAAAGACGGUGGUUGUCUGGUCAUGUGA